CGACGGCCCGCGGCGUCUCGUCUUCGAACGUUGUCGGUAUCGAUUCGCAAAUUGCCUAAUUUGGUCGCGAAUACUUCGCGAUCGUUUUUAUCGUCGACCGUGCGGAGGCGGAGGCGUGUGGUGCGAUCGUCGUCCGCUAACCUAUUCCGAUUUGCCCGCGUUCUUUGUCCAUUCGAUUUUUUUCCAACCAUCCCUCCCUAUCGCGCGCGCGUUGCUUUCCCCCGUCACCUAUUUUAAAUCCGCGUUCUCAUGUUUUCUCGAUACAAUUUCUUUUUAUCUAUCAUUAUUUCUUCACGGCCCUUCGGGUAUGACAUGUGUGCGUGUGUUUAACUUCUCGUGUUGCAAUUCGUACAAGGACAAUUAUUUUUAUAUUACUGAAUUAAUUGCGGUGACUACAAACACUUCCUCCGCGCCCCGGGUGGGCGUGUACCUGCCCUAUUAUUAUUCCGUACGAGUUAGAACGUCGGUGGGGAAUUAACGUAUUUGACCGCUCUGAUGAUGGGUUUGCGUGUUCCGACAUUAAUUUAUGCAUUUUACAGCGUUUAGUCUAAAUUAUAAAAUAUGGCCGAUCCAGGAUUUCCUAGUCAACAUACUACAACCACUACAGUUACCAAUACUGAAAUUAUCUCAAACCUAAGAUAUGACAACACAUAUUUGUACACUAUUCCUGGAAAACUAAAAAUCGCCCAAAUUGUGUUUGUUGUAUUAAGUCUUAUAGCUGCAUCAUUUUCAACAUACAGUAUGUGGUACCAAAGUAGUGCUGUUACAUCAAUAUCAAUGUUUGGAUUUUGGUUUUCUCUAUUUAUGCUGGUAUUUUAUCUAUUCCAUGUGAUAGAAUGUUUUUACAAAAUACCAUGGCUUAAAAUUGAAAUGUUUUUUAAUGUUGUAUGGCCAAUAUUGUAUCUUAUAUCAGCAUCUUCUGCUGCUGCUUAUACUGGUUUGCAUUUUAGCUUCAUGAUAAGUUUGUUGUUUGGAUUUGUUGCAAUGUUUGCAUAUGGAUAUGAUGCUUUGUUAAAAUAUCAAUCAUUACAACGAGGAGAAAUUGCACAAGGUAAUGUCACAGUUCAUAAACAAACAACGGCAUCAAUCACCCCAUACUGAUAUGUACAUAAAUUAAAUUAUAUUUAUUACUUACCAAUUUUUUUCAUACUAUUGUAUAAUUGGUUUAUAAUCAAUUAGUUUAUUAUCUACCAUAUUUUACUUUCACAAAAAUAAUCUAUAAUUUAAGACAUUCAUCACAAUUGUUUAUUUUUUUAUUUUUUA